AUGGUGAAUGUCACGUUCCUGGAUGACGCUGGCCGCCUACCUGCACCGCUACGCCAGCCGGAGUACGCCUUUGGAGAGCCGCUUCCGCAAGCGGCUCUGCAGGCGGCGGUGGCGAACGCGGAUGUUCAGACGCAGCUGCUGGGCUGGGGCCAGGUCGCACAGGGGCCACCUCCACCAGCUGGAGGCAUCGGCAUCCCAGGUGCGGGCAAGUGUCUCUUGGCGGAGCCUUGUGGGAGUUGGGGGAUCGGUGAUGAGGCUCCUGUCGCACCCGUUGGGCCUCUCCAGUCCACGAAGGCGGUGACCGCGUGCAUGCUGGGUUCGGGGACCUCUGAGCCAGAGUUUGUGGAGUGGGUCGCCUCGCAGAGGGUCGCCAGAUUCCGCGAUGAGAAGAUUGAUUUGUGCGCCUCGGAGGUCGGCGACUGCCGCAUUAUGAAGCCGAGGUUCGAACUCGGUGUACGCAACCGCGGGUUCAGCAACGAGGUCUUGGAGAUGUUCGAGGAGUUUGAGUUCGACGGUUUCCCGAAGGGCCCGUGGAUCACGCUCGGUACAACUACCGCGCCCCGCUCGCAGGGCCUCGCGUGGCAGAUGCAGGCUCGAGAGUGGCCAUGGCCAGUCGCAGCUCGCGUCCCUCCAGGAGAUCGUUCGGUGCGCGAGUGCCAGCUGAUCUGCGUGGUGUUCCACGCGGUGCAGUGGGUCGACCAGUGUGAUCCCUCAAACCUUGUGGGCGCGGAGCUGUUGGUAAGCAACCCGGACUUCAACGCUGCAGACAUCAUCGUGGGCUGGGCCGAGACUCGCGGGGCUGGGAACGCCCCAGACGCGUUGAUGAGCUACGCCGCCAACAGGUUGAAAGACAAGGCGGCGAUCAUGAGGGAGAAGAGGAAUGCCAUCGACGAGUCCAGGCUCGGAGGCAAAGGCAAUCCCGAGAAGGGCAAGGGCAAGGGCGGCAAGAGUUAG